GUGCGCGCGCGCGAAACGGGGACGGCGCGGCGCGACGACGUCGACGAUGCUGACGCGGACGGGACGCGGUCGGUCGACGGCGCGACGCUCGACGCGUUCCCGGACGCGUUCGACGACGCGAGCGAGGACGACGAGGGCGAACGCGAUGAUCGGCGCGGCGCGGACGCGGACGCGGGCGGGCGAGGCGGGAGGUUUCGAACGGAAGGGGAGCGACGCGCGGCGUGGGCGCUGGGGUUGCUGACGUGCGCGUACUGUCACGCGUCGGCGACGGGGUUUCUGUUGCCGAGUUUGCUCCCGGCGAUGAGCGCGGAUUUGAAGCUGGACGAUGGGCAAGGCGCGGUGCUGACGACGCUGUUCACGGUGACGUAUUCGUUGCUGUUGCCGUUCGUGGGGGUGUUGGCGGAUACGGUGGAUCGAAAAAAUUUGCUCGCGUUGGGGGCGGCGACGUGGACGGCGGCGUCGUUCAUGACGGCGCACUCGGAGAAUUUUACCGCGUUGUUGAUUUCUCGUGGAUUGUUCGCGGUCGGAAACGGGGCGCAGAACCCGGUGGCGUUUAGCAUGAUUCCGGAGAUGUUCCCGAGGAACAAGGCGCUCGCGCUGAGCGUGUAUAAUUUGGCCAUUCACGCCGGGCGCGCGGUGAGUUUCGCGAGCGGUGCUUUCGUCGGGCGCACGCCGCUGCCUCCGGGAGCGGAGGAUCCCAUAUUCUCCAACGAGCCAAUCACGCUUCCGUUGACGUACUUGACGGAGAUCGGCGCCUUGGGCGCGCACACGAUUUUGUACACCACCGCGGACGCCGUCGUGCUGACGCCAAACGUCGGCACCGUCUUGGAGAACACAGUCGGCGACGCCAUGCUGUCUUCGGGGAUGUCGUGGCAUCAAAUUUACGACAUCGUCGCGCUUCCGGGUUUGAUCAUAGUACCGCUGAUUUUGUUCACGAUAGGUGAUCCCGGGCGCACGUCCACGGGAUCGCGCGCGGUGAAGCGGCGCAAGCGCGCGCAAGAGCGAAAGGCGCAGCGGGAGCGACGCAAACUCAAAGAGAAGAUGUACAAAUCUCUGCCCGCGAUCGACAACGGUGGGUUGGUCGCUCUCGUGGGCUCGACGAUCGACGAAGACGAUCUCACGACGGAGGAGCAGCGAGUGAGAACCGCCGCGCGAGCGGCCGCGGCGCAAAGCAACAUGGCUGGCCAGUACACCUCCGUCCCCAUCAAGCCGACGGAGAAGAACGACAUGUUCGACUCCUUGACCAGAUGUUUCGAUAGCGAAGCGUUUAGACAAGUCACGACGGCGGCGACAUUAUCUGACGUCGCCGGAUGGUCCAUGAUUGCCUUUCAAGCGGCGUUUUACGAGCGCGUAUUUUCGCUCACGCCGCAAGAGUACGACCCGCUCCUGGCGAUGGUCAUCCCAAUCGCGGGCGUCACCGGUGGUCUCGGCGGGGGUUGGAUUUGUGAUAGACUCCAAUCCCGCGGACCGAAUGGGCAGAGGUGGUUUAUAUCCAUCAUGACGAUCGCAGCUGGUCCGUUACUCGCUGCGUCUCUUCUCGCCGAUGACUAUAAAACGUCCCUCAUGUACUUGUUCCCGGGCAUCGUAGCUUCGGAAAUAUUCCGAGCGCCGACGGCGGUGAUGACGCGAGAUGCCCUACCAGAGACGCCGAGCGUCGCCGCGGCAGCGCACCUCGCAGUGAGAAACAUGGUCGCAGGAAUUGGACCGCUUUUAGUGGCAUCCCUGGCCUCGAAGUACGACUUGCAACACGCCUUGCUCCUGGCUCCCGCGUUUUACGUCUUGGCGGGUUUUUCGUACUGGUCCGCCAUCGGAGUGUUGACGGACGAGAAAGCGGCGAAACUCGCUACGAAGAUGCGAAAUAAACCCCAAGCAACGACGACAACGCCGUAA